AUGACCCAGCUGAGUGUCCGCCGCUGGACGCCCAAACACGUUGCCAAGUGGCUGCGGGAAGAGGGCUUCUGCGACUAUGUGGACCUGCUGUGCAACAAGCACCGACUGGACGGCACCAGCCUGCUCGCCCUCAGCGAGUACGACCUCCGCUCGCCGCCUCUGGAGCUCAAGGUGCUGGGGGACAUCAAGCGGCUGAUGGUGUCCAUCCGCAAACUCCAGAAGCAGAACAUCGACGUGCUGGAGGAGCUCGGCCUGCCGUUCGAUGGCCACUCUCCCACCGGCUCCGGCGGCACGUUGGACUGGCUCUGUAACGGAGACCCGGACAGAGACUGUGACUCCACGGACACGGCCCCGGUGGGAGAGGAGUACCACCAGUACACCAACGGGAAGUACAAGCAGCAGAUGAGGCGCCUCGAUCCAGAGUACUGGAAAACGGUGCUGAGCUCUAUCUACGUGGUGUUCGUGUUCGGGUUCACGUCCUUCGUGAUGGUCAUCGUGCACGAGAGGGUCCCUGACAUGCGCACAUACCCUCCACUGCCAGAUAUUUUUCUCGACAGCGUGCCUAGAAUCCCGUGGGCCUUUGCCAUGGCCGAGGCGUGUGGAGUGAUCCUCUGUAACAUGUGGCUGCUGGUUCUGCUGCUGCACAGACACAGAUCCAUCCUUCUGCGGCGCAUGUGCAGCCUCAUGGGGACGGUGUUCAUGCUGCGCUGCAUCACCAUGUUCGUCACGUCGCUGUCUGUGCCAGGACAGCACCUGCAGUGCUCAGGAAAGAUUUACGGCGACAUGUGGGCCAAGCUGCAGCGGGCCGUGGCCAUCUGGAGCGGCUUCGGGAUGACCCUGACGGGAGUGCACACGUGUGGCGACUACAUGUUCAGCGGUCACACCGUGGUCCUGACGAUGCUCAACUUCUUCGUCACAGAGUACACUCCUCGAAGCUGGAACUUCAUUCACACCUUGUCCUGGGUCCUGAACCUCUUCGGCAUCUUUUUCAUUCUGGCCGCGCACGAGCACUACUCCAUCGACGUGUUCAUAGCCUUCUACAUCACCACCAGACUCUUCCUGUACUACCACACGCUGGCCAACACCCGCGCCUACCAGCAGAGCCGGCGGGCCCGCAUCUGGUUCCCCAUGUUCUCCUUCUUCGAGUGCAACGUCAAAGGGCCCGUCCCGAACGAGUACUGCUGGCCCUUCUUGAGACCCGCCGUGAUGAGGAGGCUGAUCGGCUAGCCUGUGCCGUGGCGUCCCGUUUCGUCAAGUUGCCAACUGAGGAGCUGUGUGACAACCCUCAACAAAGACAUCUGAUGUGAUCCUGUCAGCAUCAAGGCCUGAUGGGAGACACAGAGCCAUGCUCUCAAAUAGUUUGGGACUCAGCCAUUAAUCUUUGUCCUCAGUCAUCCUGUUAGGCUGAUUAAGCAAAAUCCACAAAACCAUGUAGAGUUUGUUUAAGGUCCGAUUAUUGUCCCGUGAACACAGUCUGUGGUUGUUUAUUUAUUACUACGAGUAAAGAACAUUAUGCAGCAGUUUUUGUUUUUUUUUUUUACUUAGUACUUUUCAAGCUCAGUUCCAGUCAUUAUUGUGUAUGUGGAUUCCUCACAGUUUUAGAAAGCCUCUCAGGUGGUGCUACACCGAACUUUUUUAAGCAGUCUGCCAAUUUCUGUGGAAUUAAAAUACCUGAUCAUUGUAGGGAGUUAGACUUGGAUUCACUUCUGAAAAUUUAGUCGGGCCUGCCAUUUUGUAACUUUCUCAAAUCACAGUCGUUAAGAGCAAUAUGUUAACGUCUACUUCACACUGUAGAGCAGAUCUAACUUUCUCCAGAACGGAUGUCAUGAAAACCUGCAUUCCUCAACUUCUAUUUCUUAACACUAACAGAACAUUUCAGAGCUUAUUUGAUUCAAGAAAAUGUCACAUCAGCCAAAAAAGACUUGUUCAGCUGUCUUAAAUAUAAUUCCAUUUGCCAAUUACCUUGAGUGUUAUAGGUUCAUUUGUGUAGAAAUGUUCCAAAGCAUUCAUGUUUGAUGAGACUUUUCUUUUUUAAUAUAAUACAGUGUAAAUUGAAGACCAAGUACUAUGACAUUUCCCUGAUAGGAACCCUUUGACAUUAUUCUGUAGUAACAGAGCCCUUUGUAUGUAUUUGUUUAUAUUAAUUUAUUUCAUUUUAUAAAUGUCAACAGGUAUUUUUAUAUUCUGUAUACAAAGUUACAGCAACAUGCACAGGAAGAAAUAUGUUUACAGUUGCUUUGAACUAUGUAUUUGUUUGAAACACAAUGUGCUAUUUAAGUGUAAUGUUGAUUUCAGAUUGUCAUCUCUGUUUCAUUGACUGAAAGCUGCCACAGGAGGAAGGGAUCGUUGACUGGGUCAAUGCACCAAGUCAGAAUCAUGAUUACUCUAAAUAGUGUCAACUGCCUGACACGUUCUAAGGAGGAGGGACGGUUUGUACAUGUGCUACUGCAAAGCCACAAUAAUUGUUUCUUGUUCUGCUGAUCAUUUAUGUUAAUAAAGAACUGAAAUCGG